UGUUAGAGGCGUUGAAAAGCUUAUUGCUCGUGUAUCGUCAGGUGAAUCUAGCAUUAAAUAUUACGUUACAAAGACGAAAUGUUUGACAUUUUGCAUGAUGCACAUUUAGCUAUAGGACAUCGCGGUAAGCACCGUAUGGAAAGCGAAUGUAAAAAAAAGUACAAGAAUAUAACUCGAGAUGUUAUUAAGUUAUAUCUGCGCUUGUGUGAAGGGUGCCAAAAGAAACUGAAAUCUGCCAAAAAAGGACUUGUGGUUAAACCAAUGGUUUUUUCGGAGAUGAACAGCCGUUGUCAAGUGGAUCUAAUUGACAUGCAAUCCCAUCCGGAUAGAGAAUACAAAUUUAUUAUGGUGUAUCAGGACCACUUAACUAAGUUUGUUCAAAUACGUCCAUUAACGUCGAAAAGGGCUAAGGAAGUAGCUAAGAGCCUGGUAGACAUAUUUUGUAUUUUCGGCGCCCCAUCUAUACUACAAUCGGACAACGGCCGGGAGUUCGCCAACCAUGUCAUUGAAGAGUUAUGUACGAUGUGGAGUGGCCUUAAAAUAGUCCAUGGGAAACCACGUUACAGUCAGUCACAAGGCAGCGUGGAAAGAGCAAAUCAAGAUAUACAGAACAUGCUUAUGACGUGGAUGGACGAUGAAAACUGCACGCGAUGGUCAGAAGGUCUAAGAUUUGUUCAAUUAAUGAAAAAUAGGGCAUACCAUGAUGGGAUAAAACAAGCUCCUUAUGCCGCCAUGUUUGGGCAUGAUAUUAAAGUCGGCCUAUCCACAUCAGCUUUUCCAAAAGAAGCUAUUGAAAAUCUGCGAACCGAAGAAGAGCUCGAGAAAGUGGUAAGGGAAUUUGGUUUAGGUGAACAGCCUCAACAAGAAAUAAAUAUAAACCAGUCUAUGGAUAGUGACCCAGAACCAGACAAUUUGCAAGAAGAUAUUACGCAAGGUGGCAAUAUGGAAAAUCGCAACAAUAAUUAUCGAGAAAACGCUAGUAAUACAGAAACUUCAGAAAAUCAGAGCAAGUGUGUAGAGUGUGACAAUUUAAAUACAUCAGGGAACAUAAGGUGUGAACUUUGCUUGUACCAAAGGAAUAUACAGUCAAACAGACUAGACGCAAAAAGAAAUUUAGAAAAUCAAGCAAAGAAGAUGAAAGCUUUAUCUAAUUCAAAGUUUCCCCCAUGUUCUGUUGGAGAUACAGUGAGAGUAACAAUUCCAGACGUUGAUCGAGGCAGGGGUGAUUUUAGAAACAUUCUCAUGACAGUUAUCGAGAAAACUAUUUGUAUAAGCUAGCGAACAAGAGGGGAACUAUCGAAGAAAUGUUUUCCAGGAACCAAUUUUCUGUGUGCAAUGAGAAGCUUAUUGAGAUGGAAAGUGUAUCACCGGAAAAGAAAAAUUUAAGACAACUUGCAAACGAACAGUCAGUCACUUUUAGGAGGUCAAGGUUAUAAACGAUGCAACUGUAAAACUAAAUGCAUGACCAAUAAAGCUAUUGGAAAUCUUUGUAACUCGAAAUGUCACAGCAGCUUGUCUUGUUUGAACAAAUAGAUUAUAUUAUCUUUUACUUUGUUAGGAUACAGUUUUAGUGUAACCUUUGAUUUGUAAAAUCUGUUUUUUUAAUUAAAUAAAUUUCUCCAAAUAUUUAUGGCGUUAUCUUUUAACAUUAACCACGCCAAGGCGCAUAGAACGCGGUUUACCCGGGUAAAGCCCGAAACGUGUACAAUUUUAUUAAUAUUUUGGAUUUUACCCAUGUUUUCUGGGUAGUGUGCAGUUUAUCCGUGUAUUAUGUGCCCCAGGGGUCUAUUCUUAGCCCAUUACUUUUGAUUUAUUAAAAAAAAUAAAGUACUGAAAACUGCAGGCUUUUGCAGAUGAUACUCAAAUUUACUUUCAUUUUGACCAUCAUGAUUACCUAAAUGGAUUUUUAAUAAUUAAUCCACAAUCUUAAACUAAACCCUGUUAAAUCAAAUACGAUUUUUGGCCAUAAAAAAGAUUUUCUUAAAGUUAAUUUGAACAUUGUAAUGAAUAACAUUACUCUUCUUGAGGUGUAUGUAUUGUGCCAAGGACUUAGGUUUGACUUUGGACAGUGGGCUGAGAUUUCGCGGAUAUGUUAAGUUGUUGAUUCAAAAACCGUUUUUAGCUUUAAAAAUUCUAUAUAAUGAUCGCCAUUUUUUAAAUGUUUAUAAAAUGCUUUGCGAAUCUUUAGU